CCGCAAUGGGGUCUACCUGCACCCUCACGUCUAUGCAUCAUCUCUAACACAAGCCUCUCGCCUCUGCCCCCAGCCCUCCACUCUAGAGCACAAUCACUCAACCAUGGCCCGCCCUGACCGCCCAGACAGCAAGGAGAACGGUGACGGUGCCGGUGCAUACAGCGAGGACGGCAUCCCCAUCAUCGACCUUGACCUCCUCACCAACGGCGACUCCGAUCGCCGGUCAGAGGCGAUCCGACACCUCGGCCGGGCGUGCGAGGACUGGGGCAUCUUCAUGGUCAUCAACCAUGGUGUCCCUGAGUCUCUCCAAGGAGCGACCACGGAUGCGUGCAAAGAGCUGUUUAGUUUACCCACGGAGGAAAAGUCCGAGUACAUGGACGCCGGCCCGAUGGACCCCGUUCGCGUUGGGACGGGUUUCAAUUCUGCCGACGGCGCCAAGUAUUGCAGAAACUAUCUCAAGAUGUUCGCUCACCCGGAGCUGCACUGCCCGGCAAAGCCCGCGCAUCUACGAGAAAUUGCUGCCGAGUACGCGGCUCGCACGAGAGGCCUGAUGCUCGAUCUCACGACGGCGGUCUCCCAGAGCCUGGGGCUCGACGGCGGCCGCAUCGCCCAAGCGCUGAACCUGGACAACUGCUUCCAGAUCCUCGUCGGGAACCACUACCCGCCGGCUGGCCCGGACGUCGGGGCCAUCGGGUUCCCGACUCACUCCGACCACGCACUCCUCACUCUGCUCUUCCAGAACGGCGUCCACGGCCUCCAGGUCAAGCACGGCCGCGAGUGGCUCCUCGCCAAGCCCGUCCCCGGCUCCUUCUUCAUCAUCGUCGGCGAUCAGCUCGAGAUUGUGAGCAAUGGAAGGUACAAGGCCCUGCUCCACCGCGCGUUGGUCGACGACGAGCAGCCGAGGAUGUCGUUCUUGAGCCUCAUCGGGCCGUGCCUGGACGCCGUCGUCGAGCCGAUCACAGAGCUGGCACGACAGGCACCGCAUGGCGCCGAGUUCCGGGGUAUCAAAUAUAGAGACUACAUGGAGCACCAGCAGACCAACAAACUCAGGGAGAAUGCGGCGCUGGACAUCGUUCGGGUGCAGCGUGAGAGUGAGAUGCUCACACGCCAACAGUUCUCCGAUUAGCGUAUGUGAAGCUGCUUAUUCACGCCGAAAUCUUGAAGGUCGAUAUGCUAGCUUCGUGUGUUGUACUACACCUAUACUUAUCAGUUAGGCGAUGUUAACAUUCAGGAUGUACUAAAACCAUGCAUGGGUGCAAGUAAAGGUUCGGGAUUGGAAUGGUUA